AUGCCUUCCCGUUAUUCCAUGACUCGGUUCGGUGGAGUGACCGUCGUGUUGGCAGGUGUGUUUCAUUCUCUCUAAAGACAGCGCAGGGCAGAACUGACCGGCUCUGCUGUAACCUCACAGGGGAUCCGAAGCAAUGCCUUCCCGUUAUUCCCAAGUCAUCGCCUGCACAAAUCGUCGACGCUUGCAUCAUGAAUGCUGACUUCUGGGGAGAUCUCUCUGUAAGUAGUAGUCCUUGCCUGACUUUUAGACCCUAUACUAACAGCGGCACGGUGCGAGCGCAGACCAACAUGCGUCUUCUGGCCGCUGCAGACCGCAUGACCGAAACGGAAUGGGCAAACGCACAGGGCUUUGCAGAUUGGCUCUUAGGAGUUGGAGACGGCUCGGCGAACAAAACAGAACAUUCUAUCGCGCUCCCACGUGAGCUUCUCCUGGCGGCGACCACGAGGAACAGCUCCGGGUUGAUCAGACACGUUUAUCCCGGCCCCGCGCUCGAACUGGACAAUAUGUCGAUAGGUGAAAAAGUCGAAUACUUCCGACAUCGAGCAAUUCUGGCGCCCAAAGAUUCGCAGGUGGAUCAGAUCAACGACAUGGUGCUCGACCUGCUGCCGGGUGACGCUCAAACGUUCUACAGCCCGGAUUCGGUCGUCGAAAACGAAGACGAGCACUGCAAUUCCCUUCAACACGUCCUCUUUGAAUGUCAACCCUCGAGUUGUUUUUCUUCACCGUCAGCUGGUGACACUGCAUGCGUGAGUCAUCCCUUGACAUGACUGUGCAGUCUUAGGCAUGAUGUCAACUGAUAUGAAAAACAGACAUUGGACGUCUGUGACAGGAGGUGACCCUAUCCCCGAGAAGGGGGGGCACCCACCGUUGCCAACUUGGGAAAACGACGUCGAUGGGAACAAAUAUCACAUCUUUUACGAAAAUGCUGGCGAAGGAACCUACAAUGGGCGAAAAGUAGCAAAGUCCUACGCUACACCGCUACCCGUAAACGUUGACGGGCAUACUGAGCUGUAUGCACACACCAUUUUGAAGGUGGGCGAUGUAUGUGCAGUCAUGUGCUCCAUACAAGGCAGAGCAUGGAGAUCAAAGGCCACCGGAAAAUACAGCGGAAGGAUUGACUUCGUACCGCUGAAAAUCCGAAUGAAGGCUGUGUACAUUGGAUCGUCGUCGCGCGGUCCUCUCCGGACUUGA